AAUUGGAACACGAAAUAAAUUAUGGUGAUUCACCAGUUAAAGUGAUCCUUCUUUCGGUAUAGCCCUUUAAAACUGAUCCCUUAGCUAGGAUAGGAUUAUACAAUUACAUUACAUUGAUCAACUUCCAUCUUGAAACGUUUAAAGUAACUUUCAUACAAAGGGGAAAUGCCGAUUCAAUUGAAUGAUUUACCAGAUGUCAAUGAUCGAAAUGCCAAUGCUUCAUCUCAACGCCAUCCAUUUGUAAGAUUAAUCAAUUGUAUAAGGAUCUAUAAUAUUCCAUUAUUAAAUUUCAUCAUUAUAAGUAUAUUAGGAUCAUUUCUUAUCAAAUUAACUACUAAAUAUACUAAUCUUUAUAUGAAAAGUUCCUUGAUCACGAUUAUAGUUACAAAUUUAGUAUUAUAUGGUAUUAGUGAAAGUUUAGCUCAAAGUAUCUUAAGUUAUAAACCAAAUCAACCUGGGAUUAGUUUUAGAUUCAAUGCAACAUCACCAUCAGUAGGACUUUCUUUUAAUUCAAAUGAUAUCAUCGGUACGAGAAAUACAGCAGGGACAGGGUUUAAUGUAUAUAGAGAUGCUGAAGAAGAAAUAGAUCAAACUGAAGCAGAACCAAGAAAUGCUACUGAUAAUAUCCCUAUGGAUGAAGAAGGUAUAGAACGAUUCAUUGAAUAUUUACAAAAUGAUAAUGAAUCAAUUGAUGAGAAUGCCAACGGAGGAGAGAAUUUUAAUAAUUUUGGAGAUUUACCACCUCCGAUUGUUGAAUUAACCUUUUAUCAAUUUAAUAGAUUAGCUGGAUUCAUGUGUUGGGGGUUUGUAAUGGCUUUUAUUCAAUGUUGGUGGUAUAGAUUCUUACAAAUAUAUUCCAAAGAUCCAAAAUUCAUAGAAGUGUUACGAAAAGUCUUGACUGAUCAAUUAUGUUUCUCACCACUUUCAUUAUUUUGUUUCUUUACUUAUGGUACAAUCGUUUUAGAAAGUGGAACUUGGGAACAAGCUAAAACUAAAUUAAAUAAGAUUUAUUUAAAGACAUUAUUAAUUAAUUAUUCAGUUUGGUUUCCAGUUCAAUUCUUUAAUUUUUUAAUCGUACCUCGAGAUUUUCAAGUUCCAUUUAGUUCAUCAGUUUCAGUUCUUUGGAAUUGUUUCUUAUCCAUGAGAAAUUCAAAUAGUUAGAGUUUUAAUUAAUGUUUAUUUUAAAAAUAAGUUAGGGUUUAUAUAAUAUUACGGUUUGGUUUUUUAAUUUGAUUCAUUCAUUUAUUUAUUUUUUUUGUAGAAAUUUUCACAUUUAAAUAUCCCAAUUGAUUAAUUCCUUUUUCAUCUAUAUAUACAUACCAGAAUUAGAAAAUCCAUUUAAUUUUCUUACUUUUUUACUAACAUUUAACAUAUAAUCAUCAGGACUUGAUAAUAAUAUUGAUCCAACCACAAAUGCUGCAUCAACGACGGCAUCACUAUUUGAUUUUUCAAAUCCAGAAUGACCUUCCAGAUCA